AUGACCGCCACACCACUUCAAGCAGCAGUCACCGCCACACCACAGCACACAGGACCCUGUGGUAAUAGAAAAGUAAGAAAGCCUGAUCCCGUCCGGCAGCUGCAGAGGGACGGCAUGCAGACCCUGUACCAUGGCCUGCUGCCUCCCCUGCUGCAGAAAACCUCCGCGAUGGCCAUCAUGUUUGGAUUUUCAAACAAUAUGUCUCGGCUGCUGUCGCUACCUGGCAGCACCCCCGGGCUGGUGACCAGCAGCAUGGCGGCCGUGUUUGCAGGCACGGUGGAGGCAAGUCUGACCCCCUUUGAGAGGGUCCAGACGCUCCUCCAGGACCAGCGGCACCACAUCCGGUAUAACAAUACUUUCCAUGCAUUCCGGACCAUGGUGCGGGAGAAUAGUAUGCGUGAGCUGUACCGCGGCACAGUGCCCAUCCUGCUGCGCAACGGGCCCAGCAACGCGCUAUCCCUCGGCCUCCGCGAGCCCAUCAAGAGCAGCCUGCCUCAGGCUGAGACCCACGCUGGCCGGCUGGUCACCGACUUUAUAUCUGGCGGACUUCUGGGAGCCACGCUGGGCUUCUUGUAUUACCCACUUAAUGUAGUGAAGGCUCUCGAGCAGUCGCAGGUGGGUGGAGCCUUCCAAUCCUCGUGGCAGGUACUGCGCACCAUCUGCAGCGAGCGGGGUGGUAAAUUGACCCACCUAUACCGAGGGGCGCAUCUCAACUACCACCGCUCCCUCCUGUCUUGGGGCAUCACCAACGCUGCCUACGAGUUUUUAAUGUGA